GGAAGGCCCUGCAGGUGGCGAGUAGGUUUCCUGUACCUUACUUUUUGCCUGCCUGGCAGGCAACCAGCGGCGGUCGGUGGAUCCAAGGAACAGGUCAGUCGAUUUUUCUUUGUCCGCCCUCGAUUUACUUCUCUUUCGUCGUUUGUCUCCCUACCUCAGGCACUGCGUACAUUAAGGUACCUACGGACCAGUGCUCAGGUCGAGUCCCGCGUGAAGUGGAACGCGAAAUCACCGCGGAGCCGGUGACCUCAUUGGUCUGACAUCACCCGUCGCCUUCUACUUCUUCGUCGCCGUCCGGGACUACGGAGUUCUCGCGCUCGCUUCACUUUGCUUUCACCCCCCUCCCCACUCAACAAAAUGGCGGACCGACGGCGCACCAGGAACAACAUCAGAGGCCCCCACUCGGCGCUGACCGACUUCCUUGCGUCCAAUAACAUAUCUGCCGCCCAAAUCCAUGAUGACCAUCAAAGGCGCCUGAGAGAGGCCGAGCGCCAGGAGGCCGCGGAAAAUCCCCCAGAGGCAGCCGACGCUACUGAUGCCAAUGAACCCACCGGCGAGUCGCCCGAACAGAAGAAGAAGCGCAAGCGGAAAGAGUCGGCCACCCUCGCCAAGAUCAAACAAAGCAAGGAAUUUGCCCGUCGUAAAAGCCGGCGGACUGGUGAGCCUGAUGGAGACGACGACAUCAUUGCGAGGGAGAUGCUGCAGGAAAAGUCUCGCCCGAUGCCCGGCCAGCUUGAGAACUGUGAAAUCUGCAGCAAGCGAUUCACGGUCACGCCAUAUAGCAAGACGGGACCCGGUGGAGGUCUUCUCUGCGCCAAGUGUUCCAAAGAGGUGGCCGAUGACGAAAAGAAGUCAAAGGCCAAAAAGCGGGCACCAAGAACCGGCCGUCGCCAAAACCAAAGCAAUCUGCUUGACGGGAUUGCUCAGCACGGCGCGUUAAGCUUGGCCGAAAUGUGUACCAAGAAAGUUGCCGACAAUAUCAACGACAUAGACGAGUUUGGGGAUCUGCCGUCGCAGCUGCUACAUCGUCUUAGCCAGAUCCUGUCCAAGAGGAGGGCGUUGACGCCGAGGACUCUAAACCUAUUUCUUCGCCCGGACAUGGAUUCCAUUGACAUCUACGACUCCGCGAAGCUUGAGACUGAGGACUUUCAGAAAAUUCUAACGUUCAUGCCUUCCCUAGCUCAUAUCAAUCUCCGCUUUGCCGGUCAGCUCAAGGACCAAGUUCUCGAAUAUAUGCUCGAUCGAAAUCCCCAGGUCAAGUCUCUGCAGUUGGACGCCGCCAACCUCGUGUCAGAUGCAUACUGGCGGCGAAUGUUCCGGCAAUUUGGACCGCGACUAGAAAGUCUCAAACUGUCCAACCUGGACUUUGCUCUUGAUGAUGAAAGCGUGGCCUUGAUGUGUGAAACCUGUCGAUCGCUUCGCCGGCUGAAAUUGAAGCAUUGCUGGAAAAUGGGCGAUGGCUCCCUCCAAGCCAUAUCGACCCUGCCUAUGCUCGAACACUUGUCUUUGGGCUUCGUCCGCGAUAUUAGGCUAGAAAACCUUCUCGAGGCCGUUUCCAGGACCGGCCCUGGUCUGCGAACGCUAUCACUGGAGGGGUUUACCAACGCCGACGAUCGCCUUCUCGAAACCGUUCACGAGAAGUGCGACUCGCUCACCAAGCUUCGGUUUUCCGACAACUCGGUGUGUACCGACCAGGGAUUCGUCAAGCUGUUUACCGACUGGUCGAACCCUCCCUUGGAGGUUGUGGAUCUUUCGUCAACGCGAGACGUGGAUAAUAACAGCCCUGACGGACCCGCAGAGGCAACCGGCCUUGCCUCUCAGGGGUUCGUUGCUCUUAUGAACCAUUCAGGUGGCACGAUCCGAAAGCUGAACAUCGCAUCCUGCCGCCAUGUGUCUCGCGCCGCCUUUGAGGAAGUGUUCUCGGAAGGUAGAAGAUAUCCGAAUCUCAAAGAACUCGACGUUUCGUUCCACGCCGCGCUCGAUGAUUACCUUGUUGGUCGGCUAUUCCGGUGCUGCCCGGGCAUCAAAAAAUUGGUGGCGUUUGCCUGCUUUAACAUCCGAGAGGUGCAAGUGCCUCUCGGGGUUGCGCUGAUCGGAGGAUUGAAGGCCCAGGACUCGAUCGUCGUCGAAGGCGCGUGGUAGGGCAACCUCGAGACGAGAACACUACUGCGUAAUGCAGCCGUUGGGGAACGCGGUCACCGACAGGUCAAAUGGCGGAGCAAACUAUCUAGCGCGC